ACACGGAUAUUGAAACGGAAAGAUCUACUCUGUCAUAAUUGCUUCAUACAAAGAAAUGUAAUUGAUUUUAAACAAGCAUAAGGAUACAGUAAUUCGAACUCAAUUUAUUAAAGAUCCGCACGAACAAAAAGAAAAAAAAAAAAAAAGGUGGUAUUCCCAAGCCCUUGCUGUAAAUGUUAACUUGGCAGAUCGUCCCACAACAAACAGAAACUGGUUUGUCGCAUUUACGCAGCUCGUUGUGACGUCACUGUAUUUCGAGCUGUUGCCAAACUCACGUGGCGGAAACGUAUUUAUAUUCUCCACACUUCGUUCGCGACACUCAUUGAGGAAGAACGCUCGCUAUCAAAGGCGAGUUCAAAAAGUAAUCGUUUAGUCUGACCCUUCGUGCGGUGAUUAAACAGAGUGAAUGCGCUGAAAAGAGGGUCUCAAGUUCAAAGAAAAUAUCAAUAUGGAUGUAAAAAAAGAAAUGAGAAUUGUGACUUAUUUGUUUCUGCUAUUCGUUGCUUGCAUAGCUGAAGACCAAUUAGAUGGUGGUUACAUCUUUACAUCUCCAAGGUCUAUAAAACUCGGAACUAAUAAUGAAUUACAAGUUCUUCGCUUUGGUGCCAUAGAUGAAGGUUUUUUGAAAGUUAAAUUAUUCUAUUCUGAGUCGUACAAUGGAAACGAAACUCUUGCUAAGGAACAGGAAUUUAAACUUGAAAAGGGCGAGAGUGAUACGCUUUUAGAUUUCUUUGUAAAUACCAUUAACAGCGACAAUGUCUACAAUGGACGAUUGGAAAUUAAUGGCACUAUUGAUGGUGAAUGCAUCAGUGGCAGUGACAAAGUGUAUUUUUCAACACCAAAAGAAAAUAUUUACCUUAUUCAAACAGAUAAGCCCAUAUAUAAACCUGGGCAAGAAGUGAAAUUUCGCGUUCUAAAAUUGGAUAGAAACUUGAAACCCUCUGAUGAUGAAGAUGAUAUAGCGGAAGUCUACGUUGAAGAUCCGAAGGGAACGAGAUUGUUUCAAUUUAAAGGAAUCUCUUUAGGGAAAGGUAUACAACAAAUGCAAUUUCCACUUGCUGAUGAACCCGUGCUUGGAAAUUGGCGAAUCACAGUAUCAAAUAAAAAUGCAACAGAAUCUCAAACAUUCGAAGUUAAAGAAUAUGUGCUUCCGAAAUAUGAUGUUACCAUUAAAUUUCCUCCUUUUGUGCUUGCAAAUGCAGAAAAGUUCGAUGUUGAGAUUUGCGCUAAAUACACGUAUGGCAAACCAGUCAAAGGAAUCUUGAAUUUGAAUACAUCCCUUGAAAGAUAUUCUUAUUCACGAGACAAAACACCAGUUUUACAAGAAUCAAUUAAGAUUGAUGGCUGUUACAAUUAUACCGUAAAUAUAUCUCUGAUUGAACCUGAUAAUGUCUAUAGAUAUCGGCGAAUCAUGGUAGUGGCAAAUGUGGUAGAAGAUGGAACAGGUGUUCAAAAGAAUGCGACAGAGUAUCUCCAACGACAAUACUCACCCUUAAACUUGAAUUUCAACACUGAGCAAAAUUAUAGACAAUACUACAAGCCAGGCUUACCUUAUAAUGGAAAGCUUAAGGUAACCAAUCCAGAUGACAGUCCUGCGGCAGGAGAACCAGUUGAAAUCUGUGCCACUAUCUCUAGAAAAAGAAUCAUUUUAGGUUGGUUGGCAAACAAGAAAGUAAAAUACUGCAGCAAUUAUACAUCGGACGAUAAUGGCUACAUUAAAUACACUCUAGCUCGCCAGAGUACUGAUGCUGAAUCUGUUCAAUUAGAGGCUAAAUCAUUGAAAUAUGCCAGAGAUUCUCAAUAUUCAGGAUCAAGGCUGGACAGUUUAAACCAGCCAUCCACUGGAAUGUCUCUGAGCCCAUUCUUUUCACCAUCAGGAAGUUUCAUACAACUGGAAACUAUUGAAAGUGCCAUUCCUUGUGGAACUCAGAAAAACAUUCGACUUCUUUUCACAUCUAAGGAAAACACUGAAUUUGAUUUAUAUUAUAAGAUAAUAAGGCAAGGAAAUGUUAUUCAGACUGGUACGAAAAGUGUGAAUUUCAAUACUGAAGAUGAUGUUUCCAAAAAGUUCGAAAAUGACGAUGAACUCAUUAACGACUCAGAAACACAACUUGUUCCAGCACCUUCAGAUAAUGACUCUUCAAAUAAUGAUGAAGAGUGUCAGAGUGCUAAGGAAGUUAAAUACAUUCCACCCAUUGGUGAAGUGGAUAUUCCUGUUGAUGUCGAUGCUACUUUGUCACCGUCUUUUACUUUACUCGUCUUCUACGUACGAGAGGACCGAGAAACGGUUGCAGAUUCUCAGAAAAUUGAAGUUCAAAAAUGCUUUAAAAACGAGGUAGAAUUUCAAUUUGGUGACGAAGUUAAGCAACCAGGAACAAAAACUAGUAUAACGGUGAAAUCUUCUCCGAAUUCCCUCUGCGGUCUGAAAGUAGUCGACAAAAGUGUUUCACUUCUAAACUCAAAUGACCAGCUGACUAAAGAUAAGAUUUUCCAAAUUAUUGAUCGUAUGGACAGCGGCAUCUACUACAGUAACAAUCCAUGCAAUGAAAAGAUACCUCAACCAGGGUUAUAUUCGACAAAAGCAACAAGCAUAAUACGUCCACCUGGUCCUUGGGCUUCAUCAUCAUAUGAAGAUGCUUUAUCAGCUUUCCGGGAUGCUGGAUAUUUGGUAAUUAGUAAUUUGAAACUGUUUACCCGACCUUGCACCAGUGGUGGCGGAUUUGAUAAUGGGCCAAUAUAUCAGGCUGAAAGCUUUUCUUCUCAUGGAGAUGAAGAAUACUUAGAAGAUGACAUCGAUGUGCGUAUGCGUUCUAAAAAAAAAGGUCAUGCAGUGGCUUUAGCAUCCACCGCUCGAAGGCCAGCAGCGCCAGCAGCAGCAGGUUUUGCAGCGGAUUCAAAAAUAGGAGUUGCCGAUGUCUCUGCAACGAAAUCUGUUGUUGAUGUCAGGAAUUAUUUCCCUGAGACAUGGCUGUUUGAAAUGCAAGAAAUAGGACCCGAUGGUGUUUACGUAACCAAAGAAACACUUCCACACACAAUUACGGAAUGGGUUGGCAGUGCCUUAUGUGUCAACUCCGAAGAUGGUCUUGGUUUAUCUAAUACGACAACAAUCAAGGGUUUCCAAGCCUUCUUUAUUUCUUAUACUCUCCCUUACAGUGUUAUUCGAGGAGAGGAAUUCACAAUUGUAAUGUCGAUCUUCAGCUAUGCAGAUGCAGCUUUACCGAUAACUGUGUCAUUAGAUGAAUCCGAAGAAUUUACUGUUAUUAGCGAUUCAAUUAACGGUGAUAUAUGCAUUCAACCAGACACAAGUGAAAAUCUCCGCAUUAAAGUAAAGGCAACGACUGUGGGAACAGUUAAUAUUACUGUCAGAGCGGAAACAGCAGCCUCUAAUGACGUUUGCGGAAGCUCGACCGUAUAUGAUGGUUUGGCAAAGGAUGCUAUUACUCAAUCAUUCGAAGUUGAAGCAGAAGGCUUCCCUACAGAAAAAGUUGAAAGUAUACUGUUCUGCCCAACAGAUGAAGAAGACCAAACAUUUAAGAGCACUUUGGGAUUAAGUCUGCCAGAUGAUGUGGUCCCUGAUUCAUCAAGAGCUGUUGUAGAUGUUACCGGAAAUGUGAUGGGGCCCGCUAUUGAAAAUUUGGAUAAUCUUGUCAGGCUUCCAACUGGUUGUGGAGAACAGAAUAUGGUAAAAUUUACUCCUAAUUAUCUUGUUUUGGAUUAUCUUUCUGAUAUCGGCAAACUCACAGAUAAAAUUAAGUCACAAGCAGUAAGAAAUCUAAACACGGGUUAUCAACGUGAGUUGACUUAUCGUCACAUUGAUGGAUCAUUCAGUGCAUUUGGUCAAGUUGACAAACAAGGUAGCAUGUUCCUAACCGCCUUUGUCCUGAAAUCAUUUUAUGAAGCAAAACGUUACAUUACUAUUGAUAAUUCCAUAAUUACGGAUGCUCAGAACUGGAUAGCAUCCAAGCAGCAGGCUGAUGGUUGUUUCCCCAAUGUUGGUCAAAUUAUUGAUCACGGUAUUCAAGGAGGCCUCGAAAAAGAGAAAAACAAUGGAGCAAUUACAGCUUACGUUGUUUCUGCCCUGAUUAUCUCAAAAUACGAAAAUGAAACUGUUAUCAAUAAUGCAAUGACUUGUUUAAAUGAAGAUGCUGAAUUAAAACCAUAUGACUCUUUCGUUUAUGCUUAUGCCCAAGCACUUGCUGGCAAGACCGAAGCCGCAAGGAAACGAAUAGAUGAUGUUAGACCCAAUGCGAAUAAAACGGGGGGUAUUGUAUACUACAGAAAUCCCAACGGCUCGCAAUCUCUGAACCUUGAAACAGCUGCGUAUGCAGUGUUAACAGAACUUAGUCUUGGUAGCAGCGCUUCAGAUGUUCUUGGUCUUGUGCGUUAUUUGACAAGUAAUUUGAACCCUCGUGGUGGAUUUUAUUCAACUCAGGAUACAUGCGUGGGCUUAGACGCUCUCAGCAAAUUUGCGAAGUUGGUUUAUGCUGAUCCUGUUGACAUUCUAGCCAUCCUAAGUGGAAGCUUUGAUGAAAAGAUAGAGAUUUCUCAAGAUAACAAAUUGUUAGUUCAAAGAAACUUGGUUACUAAUGUUCCUGGAGAAUUACAAGUUGAGGCUACUGGAUCUGGCUGCGGACUUAUACAAGUAGCUCUUCGUUACAACACCAUAUCACCACCCCAAAAGCAAUCAUUUUAUCUAGAAGUAGUUGGUGAAUGUACAAAAUCAGAUUGCAAGCAAAGAAAAAUAACAGUCAUUACAAGUUACAUACCAAGUGGGCAGGCAUCUGGCAUGAGUGUUGUGCAGGUAAAAAUGGUUACUGGAACCGUCCCAGUGAAAGAAAGUCUAGAUAAACUCAAAGCUGAUAAGAACAACAAGAUUUUAAGAGUUGACGUUGAAAACAAUGAAGUUAUAUUUUAUUUACCUGAAGUAACGAACCAAGGUGUACAAUUUUCAUUUGAUGUUGAAGAAAUAGUUGAAGUUGAUAAUCCUCAACCUGGUUCUGCUAAGGUUUUUGAUUACUAUGCAACAGAAAAUUCUGCGUCAUCAAGUUAUUCGUUCGGAAAUUCAGAUAUUUCUGAGUCUUCACCUGCAUCUGGAUCAACAGAACCAUAGGAUCGAGAGAAAGCAUAAAAUGUGAAUUUUAAAAUGUAACUAUCCUACUAGAAUGUACUAUGUGUCACUUAUUUCUUUUAGUGGAAUGGACUGGAUAGGUGCUAAAAUAUCAGUAUUUACGACAGACGCACAUGAACCUUUGUUUCAAACAAAUAUUAACUUUUGAACUCUAUAUUUCAUAAACUGUAAAUCCUCUGAUAAUCUUUUUUUCAUAAAUAAAAUUUGUACUUUCUGGA